UUUUCACUUGAGUACGUCUACUAUAAAUGUCAAUUGUCAAAUCAUGUAUUUUGUAUCAAUAGAAAUCUCUCUCAGCUACAAAUUUCUCAAAAUUAUUUGAUCCUUCAACAAAAAAUCCUUUAUUUUCUCUUUGAUUUUCCGCAUUUAAUUUCUUUGUUUUUCAUAUAAAUCAGUCGACAUGACUUCAUAUUACCGCCGUUUAACAGUCGGACCUACGGUACUGAACAUUCCGGUUCAACCGCCGACGAAGUCAAAACUUCCGGUCUUCCCUCCGCGCCGUCCCUUCAACAACAUCAUCCAAUCGUCAUUUGGAAUCACUCUGCGAUCAAGGAAGUGUUGGAGAGUGGAGGCCACUGUGAGGUCGGCGGGAAGAUCGGAAGGCGGAGAUGGCGCGAAGAAGGUGGGACCUGGACCUGGACAAGGGCCAGGGCCGUGUUCGUACUCGGUUGAAGAUCGUACGGUGGAGGUUGGUAGUAAGAGGGAUCGGACGGUGGAGGUAGCGGUAGCAGUGGCGGUUACAGUGGUGUUGGGAGUAGGGAAUCGGGUGUUGUAUAAGCUGGCUUUGGUUCCUCUCAAGCAUUACCCUUUCUUCUUGGCUCAACUCGCCACAUUCGGGUAUGUACUUGUAUACUUUUCUGUAAUGUAUCUCCGGUAUCAUGCUGGUAUAGUCACACACGAGAUGCUUUCCAUGCCAAAAGCUCCUUAUCUUGUUAUUGGUCUUUUGGAGGCUCUUGCUGCUGCGACUGGAAUGGCAGCUGGAGCAAUUCUAUCUGGGGCAUCUAUUCCAAUUCUGUCUCAGACAUUUCUUGUGUGGCAAAUUCUCCUGUCUACUAUUUUUCUUGGGAGGAGAUAUAGAGUAAAUCAAUUACUUGGAUGCUUUCUUGUAACUGUUGGUGUUGUCAUAACUGUAGCAAGUGGAUCCAGCUCUGGUCAUUCAUUGAAGGAAGCUGGCAUAUUUUGGAGUCUAAUGAUGAUAGUUUCUUUUUUGUUGCAAGCAGCUGAUACUGUGCUGAAGGAAGUAAUCUUUUUGGAUGCCGAAAAGCGAUUAAAAGGUGGUUCAGUGGAUCUAUUUGUUGUAAAUUCCUAUGGAUCUGCAUUUCAAGCCUUAUUCAUUUGCCUACUCCUACCCUUUUUAUCAAAACUUUGGGGUAUUCCAUUUAGUCAGCUUCCAAACUAUCUUAAAGAUGGUGCAGCUUGUUUCUUGAACAUGGGUGGUACUCUUUCAAGUGGAUGUGAUGGUGCGCCGCUACUACCUUUGCUGUUCAUUAUCGUGAACAUGGGUUUCAACAUAGCAUUGCUACAUCUUCUCAAGAUAUCUUCUGCUGUUGUUUCCUCACUUGCAUCCACUUUUUCAGUGCCGAUUUCGGUUUACAUCUUCACAUUACCAUUGCCGUAUCUCGGUGUUGCUUCGUCACUGCCAGCCGGUUUCGUUGCAGGAGCAAUCAUCCUAGUUAUGGGGUUGCUUAUCUAUGCUUGGUCACCAUCUGAUCCCUCCAGUGCCAUACCAUCACCAUCCAGCUAGAAUGUGAGGGAAGCCAUUGUUAGAUCAUCACUUGUCAUUUUUUCUCCUUUGGGAAUCCGAUCGUCGAGCAAGGAGAUGAGAAGGUAAGAUGAAAUAGAAUUUUGUCGUUGUAUCAUUUUUCUACUAGUGAAAGUAACAAAGGAACAGGGUAAAGAAAAAACGAGUGAUUUUUUGGUGAGAGAGACAGUCAAAUUUAGUGGUUUGAGAAAUAUAAGAUUUAACAAAAUACCGUCGCUAUUAUCCGUUUCGGAGGUUAAAUUGUUUUGCCCUUCCAAAAAGGUAGGCUUAAUAAGAGAAAAGCAACCUUCGUUUUACAACUCACAGAUCAUUAGACGAUAUGAAACCCUAAAGGUGGGUUUACUUGUAUUUCUUUAUACCUA